ACAACUGAUACAUGGCUCUCGACUUGCCAGUUCUCUCUCUCUCUCUCUGACAUGCCGUGCGUCGAAUGCGAACGCGGGAAGUAUAUUUUGUUGCUGUGCGUGUUUGAGUUCUGUGAGACUUGUUUAUGUGUUGACAUGUUCGACUGCUUUUGGUAUUCUGCUAACGGAACGGUGUUGUACGUGUACAAAUUUUGAGGAGAAUCUAGUGAAUGGAACUUUGCGAAAUUUACGGGUCUUGAGCUGAUGUGUUAUUCGUUGUGUUAAAAUAAAUACAUUAGUUAACACCGCACAACUGGCGUCCAACAGCGAUUCUGUGACAGCUGUAAACACCAAAACCGCGUUUCGUUUUAAAUACUUAUAUUUUUGUUUUGUGAGACUUAUUCAGUCGCCGAAUUGAGAGGUACAUAUAUCUGGAAAACUAGUAUUGGCAUAAACAAAUUAACUUUGGAUACUAGUGACAUGCACCAUCUUAGGAUAUAGGAAAAUACAUCCAAAUGCUUUGUUUUUCCAAUAUCACAAUACCAAUUUCAUGUACGAUGAUCGGAGCAGAAAAAGUGGCAGCGACAUGUGGUGUCGAGAGAAAGAGGCCAUUCGUGUCCUGCAUCAGAUUGAAUGGAGUCCCCAUUCUUCCGCCACUACUGGACAAAAGCACCAAAACAAUGGCAAUGGAAGCAAAGAACAGGGCACUGCAGUUGGAAAUGCAGCUGGGGUGGACUGAUGGCUACCAAGAACAAAAGUGUGCCAAGAAGUUGGCAGAGAAAAGGAGAGAAUAUGCGGUUAGCUUGUCAGAUCAGAACGGUACGUGCGGCAGAGGUCCCAGAGAUGCGAGUGAGGCUUUCCUGCAGUGUACUUGUGGUGGAAAAGGACGACAUCACAUCUUGAGGAAAUGUACCUCCGCACCGUGUCUGACGGACGGAUCACCGAAUGCCGUGCCGUGGAGGUCGCAGGCAGGCAGCUCUUCUGCCAGAAGGUCGACGAUCCUUCCUUUCUUUCUGUCUACGGGCUCGGCAAAAGUUUUGAGAAAGUGCAGUUCUGCAGAAUACCUGCCAGUGAAACGGCAGAGCGAAAAUAAGUCGGAUUCGGAGUGCGCCCACUGUAGGUGCGCCAGAGAACCUGAUCGUGCUGUCAUAUCUAGCAGCCGGUCAUUUUCCUUGGAGCAGCAGAGAGCCAUAAAUUCCAAAGUCAGUUUGCCAGCUAAGGUUCGUGACAGAAACGGGCCACAGAUCACAUACAUGAAAGGCGGGGGUGUCGCAUCUGCCGAGUCCGAGCUCUCUCUCGUGUCGGCGUCGCCCCAGAAGAACGACCCAAGUGACAAUUCUGCUUCAGACUCCACGUGGGCGGUGAGCUUCUACAGAAAGCUGUUGCCCCUGGAGAACGAGGACAGGAACUUCGACUCUGACUCGUCAGACGAGGUCGACGGGAGGCAGCCGCCGGGGACAGGGGGCUCGGGAGGCGGCUCGCACAGCGCGUCGUCGGACUACGUCACGGCACGGGAGAGCAGCGUGGUGCUGCUGGACAUCCCGCCCGCCCCUGGUGCCGACGACAACUGGAGCGGCGGCUACCGGCUCGUUCGCCAGGGCUCGUACGUCCUGGAUAAGCCCAGUGAGGCACUGUUGGACCACCUGCAGAAACAGAGGACGGGCGAAACUGGGCUUCAUCACCCUGUCAGACCUACAAAAGAAUCGUCAGUCCAGACAGCAAUAGAUGAGCUCGAGCUGCCGGACGUCGAAGACGACACUGCGGACCUGGUGGUGAGUUCGAAGGUGUCGGAGCUGCGGGAGAAGCUGAGGAAGAGGUUCGACGCGGCGAUGGAGGCGCUGCUGGUGAGGCAGCGGGCCGAACAGGAAGCGCUGGCCAGGUCGUUCCUGCAGGUGCAGCAGUCGGCACGGCUGCAGAUGAAAGCGUCGGCAGUAAUAAAUGCUGCCGCGAGGGGCUACCUCGUCCGGAGGCUGAUGAAGACGAAGCACGUGCAGGACCUGAUAGAGACCAUGGAGGAGAGUUUGAAAUGUAUCUUCGAAUUGAAAGGAGAGUCACUGAGGCCACUACGUGCCGACCAGGAGCUGUAUGAUCGGCUCUUGCAGCAGCUGACUGCUGCAUGCAGUACAUUUUACGAAACAUUUUUUGAUAUUUCUACUGGAGAGAGGAUGAAGAUUAUUGCAGCUGACAGGGAGAGGUUGAAAUAUCUCCAGCUAAAGGCAGCCUCUCUUGGUCUGCACAGCAAACGGCCUACCACACGAUAGCAGCGGAUGGCAUGACAUACCACAUUGAGGUAUUGCCACGUGGAUUGUUUCAGCAGAAGAAGCCUGGCUGCACUGAAGAAGAUCAGUGUAGAGUAGCCAAUUGCAACACGAGGUGUACUACUAUUUAAAAAUUUGCCGUUCUCUUGGCUGUGCUGUUUCUGUGCCUUUUUAAACUCGGAUACCACUUCAGACUUGCUAUACUCGCUAUAUAUAUGAAAUUACACACCUUCAAUAUUGUCUGCACAAAUACUAAAUGAGAUGUCAACAAUACACUUCAGCUCCACACCACACUCUAUUGCUCUCUCCUGAGUGACAAGCUGUAAUGAUAACGUUGUACAUUUUUUGUGCAACCAGCAUUUAUUUCACAAGAAUAGGUUACCAAAUAGUUCCUCACCUACCAAAAAUAAUUGUAUCUAGUCUAGUACUGACAUGCUUAUUAAUUAUGCAUUUAACUGCACGGUUGUUGCAUUUUUGCUAAAUACUCACUGUCCUUCGUCACUGCAGUCGAUGGUAAUAUUUAAUGAGUGCCUUCAUUAUAUAAGUUUUGUGCCUGUUUCAGUCACACAGUCAGACUGAACUGUGGCCUGCAUGAGUAGAUAGGUGGAAAAAAAAAAGAAAAAAUGCAUUAGUUUUGUGUUUGUUUUACGAGGGAAAAGGAAGACGAGCAUCACCCUUUUAGAGGCUAAAUGUGUUGGAGUAAAUGGCUAUAAACGGGGACACGAGCUCGAAAAGACUGAACUAGAGCUUAUGUAAUCCAAAGAUAAUUAAUAAUUCUUAAUAUACAAAUAAUUAUUUUCAUCGAAGCUUGCCACUGUCUUUCUGUGCGUUUGUAACUGUGUAAGUUGAAUUAACUGUACUUAAUUAUUCCUGAGGCUGUGAAUCUAUCAGUGCUUGUUUGUUUUUUUAUUUACCCUUUUUCAACUGCGGACAGGUUGUGAGAAUUUGGGACAGAUAACCUGCGAGAACAUUGCAGGAGUGUUCAGUCCAUUGUUAAGCCUGUUCCUAUCCUGAAGGUAGAAACUGUUCUCAGUGUAAUGGGAGGGGGGGGGGGGGGCUAGUGGGAAAAGUGCUUUCAGUCCACCUCCAUACUCCAUAUCGUGCACCUUCCUGUGCAUAGGCACCUCAACUGUUCACUUUGUGACCCAGUACUGCUUUAGUGUUCUGUCCUCGGUCUUCUCUCAGAAAGCUAAUCUCACAUUCCAAGAAAUUUUGAAGAAAAAUGUUUUCUUAUUGCAGUUGUGGGGGCGGGGGGGGGGGGGGGGGGAGAAAAGAAACAGAACCACAGACCUAUUCUAAUGAAAAUUAUGUAUAAACAUUAUCAAAGUCUAUAGAUGCAUGUGAUACAUAUUUCAUUGUGUGAGGUAAAAAAUAAAAUACCAUAAGAGGCAUGUGAAACUGUUCUGUCUGUGUAAUAAGAAAUGUCAUGCUGAUGAAUUUGCAUUUCAUUUUGCUGGACCUCGUAGAAACUUCUAGCGAGAAAGUUUCUAAGAAAACUGUGAAAUAAGUUUUGGUAACAUUGGAGACAGCAUUAUUCUAUCACAUCACACACAAACUCAUUUUAUUUACGAGGGAAGCGGAACGCGGCCGCACGUGAGUACUCGGGUGCCAGGAUUUUACUUCCGACAGCUCAUAUUAAUACGACCGAGGAUAUUCCCUACCUCCUGAAAAUUUUUUAUUUGCAGCUCCUACUGACCCUUUGCCACCGCACCCACUAUCCGACCCGUCGAUGUAUUCUCUACAAAAACAAUUGUAGGUACUUUCUGGCCAAUACUUCUGUAGAAGUCACCCAAAAUAUAUUUUCGCUCGUGGUAUUGUGAAACCAGAGUUUUAUCAACAAAACUAUUGUCCUCGGCAUGAAUAAAUGCAUCGUACACAAAAUUUCUUUCUUGCUGCUGCAGUGUCUCUCCAUUCCAAUAAAAUUAUACUUUCUGCAUAAAAAACUGAAUGAGUGGAGAAGACAAGAACGGAGGUCUCUGAGCCAGAAUAAUUUAUAUUUUUCAUAGAGAUCAGUCUGUUUUUCUAGCUGUCGGGGACUUCCUUCUGUUGCAGUUCUAACCGACACUUUCUGUAAAAAUCAUCAAAUUCUGUAGACUUUCAUUUUUAUUUACGUCCUUUUCUCGGAGAAUCGAAACGGAGAGAUUCUGCCGCCUUUAAUGCACUGUUAAUACAGAAUGCAGUCAAAUUGGGAACAGCAUACUGUUUUGCCGUCAUUUUAUGAACUUGCAGAAAAUCUACAUUAUCCCAGGCUUCUUCACUGUCAGUCAGAUCAGUGAAGAGCUUCAGUACAUUCAAUAUGAGAAUUUUAGACUGUUAUCAAAUGUCUUUUCACCCUGUACGUACACCGACUAGAGCAGCACUAUAUGUUGGCUGUAGCCCCUGCGUUUUGCUCACUACUGAACACACAUCAGUGCACAGGUCUGUGGGAGACUGAAACCACAAGUGAACACACAACACCGCACCGAGCACACAGCUGGCGCUGACCUAGACGUGGCAAGAAAGCUACAAGGCAGGCAGUUUGUAGUGCCGAGUACCAGCCAGACUGCAAGAAGCUGGUGUGACCUCGAAGUGUCCACUUCUGUGACAGCUGCUCUAAACAUUGAUACAGUUCUGUACAGCUACUAUCCUCAAGUGUAUUGGUGUGGCCACACUCUAUCGACUCCUAACUAUCGACACAAUUUCGACGUGCUCUCGAAAGUUGCUAUUGCGUUAAGUCUCUGGCACUCUUGUUAAGCAUAAAAAACUUUGGUGUGCUGUCGAUUGUCAUUUAUUUCUUACAUAAUAAUUCAAUAACAGUUCAGGCAUAGAAGUUCAUGGACUAUUCCAGUAGUGUUCUGUGGGUGGCACACGAUUAUUGUAAUUGAGAGCUCACACGGGAGUAUUUGCGCACCACCUGGAGAGCCCGUAUCUUAGCGAGACAGAGGCAGCAAUUCAUUGUGCCUGCUCUCUCUCUCUCUCUCUCUCUCUCUCUCUCUCUCUCUCUCUCUCUCUCUCUCUCUCUCUCUCUCUCUCUCUCAGUUCUGUGCCAAAUAAUUUAAUCCCCGUCACCGUAUUUAACCUCUGUCAUCAAUUUGUACGAAGCCGAAAUUUCCUUAUGUGACUGUGGAAUGUGCCAUUUUUACUCUCUUAGAUCUACUAAAUUUGCUAAAACAGUUAAUUCUAUAGAGGAUUUAAUCUAACACAUUGUAAAAGUAAAAGACAAAACACAGAAGUAACACCCCUUUUUAUUAAACAGUUUUGUAGUAUAUAAUUCAUCAGUCUCAAAAUGCUAUUCGUUCAUCUAGAAGAACGUCUCUUCUUUCAUUCACAGCCAGAACAGAAGUAAGUCACUUGUCUCAAAUGUUUUAGCGUCGUACAAAUUUAUUGCCACCAGAGUGAGAUGACAGUACAGUUCACGACUCGGCUGAGCGAGUUAAGUGAUCUGGAGACAAAACUAGGGCAUCAGUAACGCGACACUAGGUGUAUUUUGUCGGAGCACUACUUCUACAUCAAUUGGCACCAUUUUGAUACUGAGUACUUAACCUAUUCUUUACUUUCCUUCUCGUGGACUUGCUGAAUUACACUUAUUUUAUGGCACUCGGGAUUAUAUUUUCACUAGUUCUACAAUAACUGAUACAGCUAACAGGUUUAGUGAUCUCAUCGGCACAUUCCUUUAACACCACUGUCGAGAUACUGUCCCGUGUGUGCAAGUGUUCUUUCAUUAGCUUUUGCAUUGUGUUAAAUGCCUCCUGUCGAUUAAUCUCCACAGAUUUGAGCCCUGCAGUGUAUGUGAGAUUAUUUGGUGUAAGCCUUUGAUCUGUAAAGGGGGCUGAUUGGUCAAAAGGAUAGAUAAAGUGCUUAUCAGAUAAAUACAUAUUGCAAUCAGAUUGUUCGCUAUGUAGCCAUCACGUCUAGUGCCGAGUGGUUAACUUCACACAUUGCUGGAGGAUUACAGUGUUUGUGGAACUCUCCCUAGGAUGCAUUGUAUAUGUUGUGUGUCGCCUCGUUGUCUGUCUGUCGCCUUGUUGUCUGUCUGUCGCCUCGUUGUCUGUCUGUCGCCUCGUUGUCUGUCUGUCGCCUCGUUGCCUCUGUCUGUCUGUCGCCUCGUUGCCUCUGUCUGUCUGUCGUCGCCUCGUUGCCUCUGUCUGUC